UCAGAAAAUCCCCACGUGCAUGAGGAAGUGAACUUGUUGCUGUUCAGUUCCAUUUGACACAUAGUUGUCACUACACAUCGUCCUAACAGAGCAUAUGCUAACGAUAUGGGAAAGGAUCAUAAACAGGAAACAGCAGCUGUGAAGACUGGAAUAUUGUCUUGAAGUCUUGUCUCGUUUAAUUUCAGUGAAUUUUCUGGUCCAGGCUGACACGAGUUUUCAGACGAUUGAAAGUGAAAGCAAAGACUGUCAGGCAUAACUGUAGAGCAACUGCAACUACCACACAAAAUGGCAUCCAAGUCCUUUUCAGAAGAGGAUUUCUCCUGUCCUGUGUGCUACAAUAUCUACAAGGAUCCUGUUUUUCUGAGCUGUACUCACAGCAUCUGUAAAACCUGCGUGCAGCAGUUCUGGGAAACCAAAGGAUCCAGGGAAUGUCCAAUCUGCCGGAGAAGGUGCUCAAAGGAGAUUUAUCCUGUCAACCGGAUUCUAAAGAACCUGUGUGAGAGUUUCCAACAGAGAGAGGAGAACAGUCAGAGAGAACCAUUCUGCAGUCUGCACCGAUCUGAACUCAAGCUUUUCUGUGAAGAUGACAAACAGCUUGUGUGUGUGGUGUGUCGAGACUCAAAACUCCACAAGAACCACAACUUCAGUCCCAUCAGUGAAGCAGCACUUGAGCGUAAGGAUGAACUGAAGAUCAAACUGCAGCCCUUACAGAAGAAGCUGGACAACUUUAAACAAGUUAAAACAACCAGUGAUGAAACUGCCCAACACAUAAGAGUCCAGGCCCAGCACACAGAAAGGCAGAUCAAGGAGGAGUUUGAGAAGCUUCACCAGUUUCUACGAGAUGAAGAGGCAGCCAGGUUAGCUGUACUGAGGGAGGAAGAGGAGCAGAAGAGUCAGAUGAUGAAGGAGAAGAUUGAGAAGAUGAGCAGAGAGAUCUCAUCUCUUUCAGACACAAUCAGAGCCAUAGAGGAGGAGAUGGGAGCUGAUGACAUCACAUUCCUGCAGGUAGGUAGUAAACUUCAUGUUAAUGAUGAGAUGAAGAAGAGAAAGAUCCAAACUUAC